CCAGUAGAGGAGUGUGCGCAUGCGUGUCUCGCUCUGUCGGUCUCACAUCACAACUCAACAGCGCGCGUCCCCUUUGUGCCGGAGUGGAGCGAGCCGUGCGCAUGCGCAGUGUAGCAGGCACAAGAACUAUUGGAAAGGCUGCAGAGAGCACUGAGCGGUACCAUGGGGGAGACCGGAGGGGACGUUAACUCCAACCUGCUCAUCCCCAGCUCCACCGGCGACCCCGAGCUCGACCUCGCUGUGUGCCAAUGGCUGCGCUGGGAUAAGAAUCCAAAGACGAAAGCCCAGAUAGAGACGUUGCUACAGAAUGGGAAGAACAAGGAGCUCCGGGAGCGUUUGUGCUGCCGCAUGUCCUUUGGCACCGCUGGUCUGCGCUCUCCUAUGGGUGCUGGGUUCAGCUGCAUCAAUGAUCUGACCAUUAUACAGACCACCCAGGGAUUGUACCACUACCUGGAGAGGAGUUUCCCUGAUCUGAAGAAGAAGGGUCUUGUGAUUGGAUAUGACACACGAGGUCAAGUGACAAGCAACAGCAGCAGUAUCAGGUUUGCCAAGCUCACAGCCGCUGUUCUCCUGAGCAAAGGGGUCCCGGUGUACCUUUUCUCCAGAUACGUCCCCACUCCUUUCGUGCCCUACGCUGUACACAAACUGAGAGCAGUAGCCGGAGUCAUGGUCACAGCGUCGCACAAUCGCAAGGAGGACAAUGGGUAUAAGGUGUAUUGGGCAAACGGGGCGCAGAUCACGUCGCCCCAUGACAAGGAAAUCCUGAAGUGCAUCGAGCAACAUACAGAGCCGUGGGACCAAUCCUGGCAGGAGAAUCUGCCCGACAGUAGCCCCCUGGCCAGAGACCCCCUGCAGGAGAUAACCAGGAGUUACAUGGAGGAUCUGGAGUCACUCUGUUUCCAUAGGCACAUCAAUAUGAAGACACCCCUAAAGUUUGUUCACACGUCCUUUCAUGGCGUCGGCCAUGAUUACGUACAGGCAGCGUUCAAAGUCUUCGGAUUCAGCCCUCCCAUUCCAGUCCCCGAGCAAAAAGAUCCUGAUCCCGACUUCUCCACGGUGAAAUGCCCAAAUCCGGAGGAAGGAGAAUGCGUCCUGGAGCUGUCUCUCAGGCUUGCAGAGAAGGAAGGAGCCCGGGUUGUGGUGGCAACUGAUCCAGAUGCCGACAGACUGGCAGUUGCUGAAUUGCAGGACAUGGGCCGCUGGAAAGUCUUCACUGGCAAUGAGUUGGCUGCACUGCUGGGCUGGUGGAUGUUCUACUGCUGGGAUAAGUCCUGCUCUGAUAGAUCUGAUGUGACUGAUGUUUAUAUGCUGGGGACCACCGUCUCCUCUAGUAUCCUGCACUCUAUUGCCAGCAAACAAGGCUUCCACUAUGAGGAAACCCUUCCAGGAUUUAAAUGGAUUGGAAACAGGGUGAAAAGUCUCCUGGAUGAUGGGAAAACAGUUGUAUUUGCAUUUGAAGAAUCUAUAGGCUUUAUGUGCGGAACGUCGGUGCUGGACAAAGAUGGAGUGAGCGCUGCUGUGGUUGUGGCAGAAAUGGCCGCCUUUCUGGAUAGUAACCGUGUGACCAUGGAGCAGCAGCUGGAGACAAUCUAUGAGACUUAUGGUUAUCACAUUUCAAAGACCUCUUAUUUCUUGUGCUACGACCCGGCCACCAUCAGAAGGAUAUUUGAGCGUCUGCGGAACUACAGUGGCCCAAAGAGAUACCCCCAGUUCUGCGGCCCGUACGGCAUCCUUCAUGUUAGAGAUGUGACCAUGGGCUAUGACAGCAGCCAACUGAAUGAGAAAUCUGUCCUGCCGGUGAGUAAGAGCAGCCAGAUGGUGACCUUCACCUUUCAGAACGGCUGUGUUGCCACCCUGAGAAGCAGCGGGACGGAGCCCAAGAUAAAGUACUAUGCUGAGAUGUGCGGCUCUCCAGGCCAAGGAGAAAGGUCUUUCUUGGAAGAAGAGCUGAAAAAGGUCAUCGAUUCUCUAGUGGAGAAUUUCCUGGAACCCAGCAGGAAUGGCCUGAUCUGCCGCUGUGUGUAAAUCUUCUUCCCACCAAAGCACCCCAUCACUGUGUCGGUAAAGUUACGGCGACCGCAUCUUACAAAACACCAAAAAUGAGAUGGCGAUUACCAAAGAGCAAGCAGAGUUGAUCCCUGCCUUGGCUAAGCCAUAGGGUGUCCCGACUACUGACUGCAGGGAUGUAGCUGCUCCUAGUGGGUGACCCAUAAUGCCCUGGGCAGAACACUUUAUAAGCUGAAGAGCGGACGGAGGGACAUUUCUACUCACCUGAGUCAUAUUUCUCUGAUAUCCCUCUUUUUGUCUUUUUUUUGACCAAAUCAUUUACAGCAUCUUGUUAAGGCGCUUGAUGUUCUGCAUGAGUUGCACUAAGCCUUCACCCCGGCGGGGUCGGUGUCACAGAGGGGCCCAUUCCUCUCCCGUCCUAUCAGGUGGCACCAGGGAGGCCGUUACAAUUCUUUGUCUGUUUUGCCUGUUUCUUGUUAAUUUAUUAUAAUUUUUUUAUACAUUUUAUAUGAUGUAUAAAUAUUCUGUGCAGGAGCCACGCCUGCUCUGUUUCCGUUUAUUUUUUCCCGUAUUGCAUGCGUUUAUAUAUCAAUAUUUUAGCGACCGAGAAGUGUGGCGAUGAAAAAGCAUUUGGUUUUGCCGUAGAAAUAGCGUCGUCUUUUUUUUUUUUCGGGAUGCACCGAAUCCUUCGCAAAAGAUUCGGCCGAAUAAUGAAUUUUUUUUUUACUUCCUUGUUUUGUGACAAAAAGUCACGCGAUUUCCCUCCCCUAAUUUGCAUAUACAAAUUCGGAUUUUGCAGAAUGAUUUGCCCGAAUCAGAAUCCUGCUGAAAAAGGUCGAGUCCCGAACCGAUUGGAUUCGGUGCAUCCCCAGUUUUCAGCGAUAAGGCGUGUAGCGUUAAAUACCAGAGUUGUGUUUGAUUUAAUUUGAGCAUUGUGCUUAAAGACACAGGCGCUUUUCAACGUUAGAAUUGCGAAGACAAUUACGAAGUUAUUUGAGGGAUGCCGGGAGUUGUUUACAAACAUGUAGCGCAAAAUUAUGGCAGAGAGGCGAGCCAGUGCUCGUGUGCAUCACAAUAGGGUUCCAUUUAUUACUGGGAAAUUGUGAACCCUUGGCAACCAAUCAGAGUGUAGCGUUAUAAUAAUAAUUCAUAAUAAAUGAUUGGUUGCUGCGGCUGUGUUGGUGCAAAUUCUGCCAGUGUUUAAAUUGUAGAACAUAGAGUGUUUAUACUGUUCUAUCACUAGAAAUUGGCAUUUCAGUGUCAUUGAAGUAUCUACAGAGAGGGCACAGACCACUACUACAGACCACUAGUAGCAAAUUACUUAAAGGGGUUGUUUACCUUUAAAUUAACUGUUAGUAUGAUGUAGAGAGGAAUAUUCCGAGACAAUUUGCAAUUGGUUUUCAUUUUUUAUUAUCUGGUUUUUGACUUAUUUAGCUUUUUAUUCAGCAGCUCUCCAGUUUGCAAUUCCCCUAGCAACCAUGCAUUGAUAGGAAUAAGAGACUGGAAUAUGAAUAGGAGAGAGACCUUAAUAGAAAGACCAGUAAUAAAAGGUUUCAAUAACAACACAUUUGUAGCUUUACGGGGCAUUUGGUUUUUUCUUAGAUGGGGUCAGUGACUCCCGUUUGAAAGCUGAAAAGAGUCAGAAGAAGAAGGCAAAUAAUUCAGAAACUAUAUAAAAAAAUAAUGAAGACCAAUGGAAAAGUUGUUUAGAAAUAGCCAUCCUAUAAUAUACCAAAGGUUAACCACCCCUUUAAGGCUGGGGUGAGUUCCCUAUAAACAGCAUUUUAGCCAUUGAGGCUGAGAUAGGACAGGGCUGAGGGAAACCACUAUGAAGUCUCAGCUGAUUGGCCCAGAGAUGAUUGGCUGCUUUAAAAGGGUGUUUCCAUUGCUUAUAAACCCGCCCAUGCAGAGCCGUCUGACCGAGUUUCCCCGCAGCCUUCCAGCGGUGUGCUUUAAAGAAUUUAAAAAUGAGCUCCUCGUGUCUAAGAAGCUUUUAAAAUCUGCAUUAUAUUGAAUUUCAAGUUUUUUUUUUUCGUGAUUUCUCAUUAGGGGGUGAUGGUCCCCUUUAACGUCUACCUAUCCAAUACUUAAAGUGAUUUUUUUUGGGGGGGAACUGUUACCCGAACGUGUGUUUCAUAGCAGAGUGUCUCAUAAGGCACAGCCCUGCCCUGAGCAUUAAUACAAUCUAUAUUGCUAUCAGAAAAACCAGCUGAUUUUAAUGACUUUACACGGCAGGUAAGUGGUUUUGUAUAACUUACAGCAAGAGACUAGAGGGGUUAUGUAAUUAAAGGCACUAAGUUUGUCCAGGGGCAGUAACCUGUAGCAACCAAUCAGCAGGUAGAAUUUCCUGGUCACAUGUUUAAAUGCAAACAUCUUAUUGGUUGCUACUGGUUACUGCUCCUGGGCAAACUUAGUGCCUUUUAUUACAUGUGGGGGUUUAUGGCUUAAUGUCAUUGCUGGUAUAGAAACAGUAAUUCUUUGCAUUAGACCCACUACUAACCUCCCCCGGCUACUCCGGUACUUCUGCUCCUGUGCUGCUCUCUUUCCCAUGAUCUGGUGGGGGCGGAGCUUAGUUUUGAUUGUGAAAUUGCUCUAUGAGACUUGCCCGCUAGGGGUAGAUCUUGCUUCAUCCAAUAGCCUUCCUAUGCUCUUUGACUUCAAUGCAGUGGUAGACCCCAUUCAUUUCCAGUAUCAGUCUGUACCCUGUAUGGCCUUGGGAAAGAGAACAGCCCACAAAUAGGAAGUAGAAGAUUGUCAUUGCCUGCUAGUAAGAAUUUGGCAGAUUGGAGUGGUUUAUCUAGGUGGAAAAUCCCCUGGGGGUUGGCCUGUUGAAGUUGGUCAUAUACAGUCUCUUAGUAGUGACAAACGCUUCACCAGGAUUUCUAAUACAAUCAAGUGCCCUCUCUUGUAUCAGUGUAAUGGCCGUUGUGCUGUAUAUAUACAAUGUGUGUGAGUGUGUAGAAGCCUUUGCACUUUGUGUAGCACCUGUGAAUGUAUCCCCCGGGCCCCUGUCGUCUGGGUUGCACUACUUUCUCUAAAUUGCACUGUUUCCUUUUACAAUUGUGACGUCACAAUCGCUUCCCUUUAGGUCAUGUGAUUUGUGAAUUGGGUUUUCCAAUAAACUUUGACCAGAUAACCUGGCGCGGUCAAGGGAAAAAGUGUUCCUAAUUCUCAAGCUUUGUCGAUUUAUUUGAAUGAGUGCUCGUUAUACUUGGUUAUGACAUCACAGAUAUGAUAAUGACACUGUUGCAGGAUUGACAUCUUGUUCUCCAUUCUUAGAUUUAAUAAGUUCAGUAACCGAAUUGGAUUGACUGCAACUGUCUGGGUUGUGGCACUGGGGGUGCGGGGUUAGUAGCCCUCAUCCAGCCUUUGUAGCCAAGAGUAGAGGCCCCUCUACCAGGUGAUCAUUAGGGGAAUUUUAUAGAAAAUGUUUUUCAUGAGUGUAACCUGUAUAUAUAUCCAGCCCCCUAUAGGCCAGGACACGGGAUACGUGCUGUUUUCCACGUCUUUUUAAUUCUGGCUAAAUUCUAUUCCCCCGUCCUGUGUUUGUUUUUUUGGGAUUGCACAGAAGUCAAUAUAAAAGUGACCCUUAUGGGCAGGACAAGGUCCUAUCAUCCCACUUGUAACCUCCCCCUGGGUAAGUGAAUCCAAUCUCCCCCAGUACUUACCCAGGUACAGAGCUCUGAUUCUCUGUACUUCCUGCUCCUGGGCUGUUCUCUUUCCCAUGGUCAGACAGGAACUUUCCCCUGGGUAAGUGAAUCCAAUCUCCCCCAGUACUUACCCACGUACAAAGCUCUGAUUCGCUGUACCUCCUGCUCCUGGGCUGUUCUCUUUCCCAUGGUCAGACAGGAACCUCCCCCUGGGUAAGUGAAUCCAAUCUCCCCCCGGUUCUUACCCACGUACAAAGCUCUGAUUCUCUGUACUUCCUGCUCCUGGGCUGUUCUCUUUCCCAUGGUCAGACAGGAACUUUCCCCUGGGUAAGUAAAUCCAAUCUCCCCCAGUACUUACCCACGUACAAAGCUCUGAUUCGCUGUACCUCCUGCUCCUGGGCUGUUCUCUUUCCCAUGGUCAGACAGGAACCUCCCCCUGGGUAAGUGAAUCCAAUCUCCCCCCGGUACUUACCCAGGUACAAAGCUCUGAUUCUCUGUACUUGUUGGACUCUUCUCUUUCCCAUGGUCAGACAGGAAUCUCCCCCACUACUUACCCAGGUACAGAGCUCUGAUUCUCUGUACUUCCUACUGAUGUGCUGCUCUCUUUCCUAUGGUCAGACAGAAAACGCCGGGCAGUGGGAGAGACUGCACCAAAAUCCCCCAGUUCUGUUACCUCAUGGUGCUGUGCUGCCCUAGUGGUGAGCUGUGUGUUACACUGCUUGUGUUGCUUUAAGUUACUGUACAUUUAUGUUAAUGGUUUUUGUGUUUCCUGUGUUAUAAAUAAAUGGCAUUUCUGUUACACCCA